AUGACUCUAUCUCCAGUUGAUAGCAUCUUUAUAUUUAAUUGGGAGAAAAUUGAUCAUGAAAAUUUAGUUUUUGACCAUUCAAAACUGAUUGGUAUUUAUGAUGAACUUGACUUAUUAUGUUUAUCAAUUCAAGAACAAAUUGAUUAUCUUGAUCUACACUUGAAAACAUUUAGUUUUUUCGAUCAAGAUGAGCAUUUCACAAAAGAUCUAUCAAAACAAACUGCUGAUCUUCUUUGGUUUCAUCUUUAUCAUGAUGUUCUAUUGGAAUUAGUAUAUAAUGCAGAAGCAAAACAAGAAAUGAUCGAUGCAUGUCGUUCCUAUUAUCGUGACAAUACUAAAGAAUUGGAGUUGAUUAAGAAGUUUGAAAAUGAAUAUCGAUCAGAAGAAGCUCUUCGAUGGUAUUUGGAAAAGACGUUUCUUUAUAGAAUCAUCAAUAAAGCUUUGCAAAUCAAAGACUUCGAUCAACUUUACAUAUUCCGAUAUUUUAUGAAAGAUCUAAGAGAAUGUCUAAUUCGAGAACAUCAAAAGAUGGUUCAGUCUGGCCAAAAAAUAUUAAUAGUUUAUCGAGGAAUGAAAAUGACAAAAGAUCAAAUCGAGAAAUUCAAAGAGAACCAAGGUAAAUUAGUUUCAAUCCAUGGGUUUUUCACAACAAAUAUUCUUCGUUCAACUGCAUUGAAUCAAAUGAUGAAAUCUUCUACACAAACUAAUCUCAUCUCUGUUCUUCUAAAAAUUCAAUGUGAUCUACAGCAUCUGAACAACACUGUCAUUGUUGCUGAUCUCUAUGAAAAACAACAAGAAAUUCUCUUCAAUUCAACUGUCACUUAUCGAUUGGAAAGUGUAAGAAUGGAUGAAGAAGAGAUUUGCUUUAUUGAUAUGAGUGCGUCGAAUGAAGGUCAAAUUAUUAAAGACAAAUAUAUCAAAGACUCAUGUCGUCAGAUAGAGAAGGAUCUCAGUAGCAAAAUUCUUUUUGGACGAUUGAUGUGUGACAUGGGUGAAUGGAACCAAUCACAACAUUUUUUUGAACUUUUAUUAAAUGAUUCGAAUAACAACAACGAAGACCUCACAAAGAUUGAACUUAGUCUUGGUGAAGUCCUUCAAUGGAAAGGAGAAUGGAGUGAAGCACGGAAAUAUUAUGAUCGUGCUUAUGAUAGGAUAAUUAAUGCUAAACCAAUAUAUAUCAAGGAUUUAGCUGAUAUUCUAUUCAAAAUUGGUGAGAUUCUCUAUCUGGAAGGAAAGUAUGAAGAAGCUCACAAUUGUUAUAAACGAGCAAUGGAAAUUCAAAAGAAAAAUUAUUCGUCUUCCAACUUUGAUAGAUCCUCGCCACCAAAUCAGCAACGUAAUAGUAUACUCAACGAUGUUCCCACAUUAUGCUGCUCAGUUUCUUCAAAUUUAGAAGAAUACUUUCGAUCGUCUUCUCAAUGGCACUGCACUUCAGAAUAUCGACAAAUUUCGUCCCAGCUUCCAUCAAAGUAUACGGCAAACAAAAUAGAAUCCGUUGGAGAAAUAUUGGCCGAAAGACAUUUGCUAGAAAUAUGUCAAAACAUACAGGGAACUGAUUGGUUGACAACAAUUGAGAUUAAACCAGGUAGUAAUGUUCUUAUUGCUUAUAGUCUUCAGGGCAUUGGCAAGAUUCUCUGGCGCAAAGAAAAAUAUGACGAAGCCCUAAUCUUUCAUCAAAAAGCAUUGGCAAUACUCGAAGAAUAUUAUCAAUCUCCUCAUAUAGACAUCGCUAUUAGUCUUGACCACAUUGGUGAAGUUCUUACAUAUCAAAAAAGCUACGAUACAGCUCUAGACUUCUCUCAACGAGCAAUAUCAAUCUAUACAAGAUAUUAUCCAAAUGGUCAUGUUUACAUUGCCUCUACCAUUCUAAACAUCGCUUACAUUCUCGUUCUCCUGGGAAAACACGAUGAAGCUCUAAAGAAUUAUGAACAAGCAAUGGCAAUGCUACAAAAAUAUUAUCCAUCUGGUCAUGUCAAUAUUGCCUUUAGUCUCAAUGGAAUAGGGCAUGUUCGCUAUGUACAAGGAAAAUAUAAUGAAGCUCUAACAUUUUUUGAUCAAGAGCUGAAAAUUCUACAGAAAUUUUGUUUCUCUGGCCACACUGAUAUUAUUUGUACUCUAAACAAUAUCGGCUAUGUACAAAAGGAACUAGCAAAGUAUGACGAAGCUCUUGAUUUCCAUCAACGAGCAUUAGCGCUUCAAGAGAAAUAUUAUCCAUAUGAAUAUGCAAAGAUUGCUUACAUAUUCAAUUCCAUUUCUGAGAUACUAAUUCGUCAAUCAAAAUAUGAUGAAGCUCUACGCUAUAGUCAACGAGCACUAACGAUGCAAGAGAGCUAUUACCCUUCAGGUCAUGGCUCAAUAGCCUCGAGUCUCAACAAUAUUGGCAACAUUCUAAAUGCGCAAGGAAAAUACAAUGAGGCUAUUGAUUUUCAACAAAGAGCACUCGCAACAAUCGAAAAGUACCUUCCAUCUGAUCAUUCUUCUAUUGCUUUUUAUAUGAACAAUAUUGGGAUCAUAUCAUGUACACAAAAAAAGUAUAAUGAAGCUCUUGAUUAUCAUCAACGAGCACUUGAAAUACAAGAAAAAUAUUGUUCAUCAUGUCAGAAUGAAAUUGUCAAUAGUCUCAACAACAUCAGUCGUGUUUUCAUGGAACAGAAAAAAUACGAUGAAGCCUUGAAGUUUUGUCAACGUGCACUCGAAAUGCAAGAGAACUAUUACCCAAAUGGUCAUGUGAGCAUAGCGACUACUCUCAAUAAUAUCGGUACAACCCUUCGUCAACAACAAAGAUUCGAUGAAGCGGUUGCAUAUCAUCAAAAAGCAUUAGAAAUUCAAGAGAAAUAUUGUCCAACAGACAGUAUCACCAUAGCUAAUACCAUCAAUCGUAUUGGUCAUGUUUUGUACGAUGAAGGAAAGUAUGAUGCAGCCAUUCACUAUUAUCAGCAAGCACUUUCAAUACAAGAAAACUUCUAUCCUGAUGGUCACAUCGAAAUUUCUCAUACUUUCAACUCUAUUGGUAACACUUUAUAUGAACAAAAGAAGUACGAUGAAGCUCUUCAAGUUCAUCAAAAAGUCUUGGCUAUUCGAGAAAAAAAUGAUGAAUUACCUAAUAUUAACGUCGCGAAUAGUCUGAACUCUAUUGGAAAUGUCCUAUAUAGUCAAGAGAAGUAUAAUGAAGCCAUUGAUUUUUAUCAACGAUCAUUAGCUAUUCGAGAGAAAAUCGAUCCACUUGGUUAUAAUGGCAUUGCUAACAUUCUGAGAAAUAUUGGUAACACUCUAUAUGAACAAAAGAAGUACGAUGAAGCUCUUCAAGUUCAUCAAAAAGCUUUGGCUAUUCGAGAAAAAAACGACGAAUUACCUAAUGUUGACGUCGCAAAUAGUCUGAAUUAUAUUGGAAAUGUUCUAUAUAGUCAAGAAAAAUAUUCUGAAGCCAUUGAUUUUUAUCAACGAUCAUUAACUAUUCGAGAGAAAAUCCAUCCAUUUGGUUAUAACGGCAUUGUUACCGUUCUUACCAAUAUUGGAAAUGCUCUGUAUCAACAAAGAAAGUAUGAUGAAGCUCUUGACUUUCAACAACAAGCAUUGGCAGUUUUAAAAAGUAACUCGCCUAGUAAUGAAUUUAGAAUUGCUAGCAGUCUCAAGGCCAUAGGUAAAACUCUGCUUCAACAAAGAAAAUAUGAUGAAUCUCUUGACUUUUAUCAAGAAGCAUUGAUGUUACUUGAAGAACAUUACCCCAAGGAUCAUAUUGAAAUUUCUAACUGUCUAUCCUGGAUUGUUGCUAACUUCGAAAGAAAAUCCAAGUUCGAUCUCGCUGUUGAAUAUUUAAAAAGAUGGUUAUUAAUUGAAGAAACCAGUUCAACUUCAGAAUAUCCCUCCGUCACUCAAGUACUUCAAUGGUUAUCACAGAUACAAAGAGAGAGAGACCAACAUGAUGUCUCUCUUAUACAUGAACAGAAUUGUUUUGUGAUGCGUCUUAAAGUGCUACCACCAGAUCAUGUGGAUAUUGGUGAUAGUUUAUCGACUAUAGGUGAGAUUUACGAAAAACUUCAUAAUCCUAUGUUGGCAUUUACUUACUAUCAGCAAGCAUUAGCUAUCUACAGAAAAUGUUUGACUGUGUGGCAUGGUAAAAUACGAAGUAUGGAAUGGAAUAUUGAACGACUUUCGGAACAACUUGAAAUAGAACUCGAUGAAUUAAAUUGA